GGAAAUUGGAAUUUGGAAAUAUUGUAAUUUGUGUGUCGCUAUGUUCAGACUUCAGUGAAGUUAGUUCAUAAAAUAAAUAAAUUGGUCAUGGCUGAUACCGAGGAAGUAAAACACCAGGAAACUAAUUUUCAUGAGGAUGAAGAUACGGAGAUCACCAACUGCUUUACGCGUUGAGUGACAAAUUUCCGUGAUAGCAAGUGCAAAAAUGACGGAAGGCGCGGACAGGAAUCUUGCAUCAGUGAGAGAGAAGCAGUGCGGCCCGCGCGGCGUGCAGGUGGUGAACACGGGCCCCGGCCACACGUUCGUGUUGGACGAGGACGCCCUGGCCGAGCUGCUGCUGCAGGACGACGUACGAGACCGCGCCGUCGUCGUCAUCUCCGUCGCCGGCGCCUUCCGGAAGGGCAAGUCGUUCUUGCUCGACUUCUUCCUGCGGUACAUGCAUCAUAAGUAUGGAUCAGGGGGCGGAGGUGAUUGGCUGGGGUCCGACGAUCAGCCCCUCGCAGGGUUCAGCUGGAGGGGAGGCUCCGAGCGGGAUACCACCGGCAUCCUUAUGUGGUCCGAGAUCUUUAAAGCGACGCUAGACAACGGGGAAAAGGUAGCCAUAAUUCUGCUGGACACGCAGGGUGCGUUCGACAGCGAGUCCACGGUGCGCGAUUGCGCCACGGUGUUUGCGCUUUCCACGAUGCUGUCCUCCGUGCAGAUCUACAACCUCUCGCAGAACAUCCAGGAGGACGAUCUUCAGCACUUACAGCUGUUCACGGAGUACGGGCGCCUGGCGUUGGAGGACGGCGGCCGCACGCCCUUCCAGCGGCUGCAGUUCGUGGUGCGCGACUGGAGCUUCCCCUACGAGGCGCCCUACGGAGCCAGCGGCGGACAGCUCAUCCUCAGCCGCAGGCUCAAGGUAUCAGAUAAACAGCAUCCAGAACUACAAUCGCUCCGGAAGCACAUCACCUCCUGCUUCGGUGAGAUCGGCUGCUUCCUGAUGCCGCACCCUGGCCUCAAGGUCGCAACCAGCCCCACCUUUGACGGCCGCCUCUCUGACAUAGAAGUGGAGUUCAAGCGAGCGUUACAGCAACUUGUGCCGAUGCUUCUGGCGCCAGACAACCUGGUGGUGAAGGAGAUCAACGGCCAACGCGUGCGUGCCAAGGAACUGUUGGUCUACUUCAAGGCCUACAUGAACAUUUACAAGGGGAACGACCUGCCGGAACCCAAGAGUAUGCUUGUGGCAACAGCCGAAGCAAACAACUUAACUGCGGUGGCGGAAGCCCGGGAGUUAUAUACGAAUCUGAUGGAGGAGAUUUGCGGCGGGGCGAAACCCUAUCUGCAGGGACAGUUGCUGGAGACCGAGCACAAGCGCAUCAAGGACAAAGCGCUGCUGGCGUUCAGGUCCAAGAGGAAGAUGGGUGGCGAUGAGUUCAGUCAGGCGUACUGUGAGCAGCUCACACAGGACCUGGAUGAGCAGUUCCAACAGUUCCGCGCGCACAACGAGAGUAAGAACAUCUUCAAGGCGGCUCGCACGCCCUCCGUGUUCUUCGCCCUGGCGCUGCUGUGCUACGUGCUGAGCGGACUGCUGGGGCUGCUGGCGCUGUACCCGCUGGCCAACCUGGCCAACCUGGCCAUGGGGCUGGCGCUGCUCACUCUCACGCUCUGGGCCUACAUCAGGUACAGUGGAGAAAUGAGAGAGCUGGGAGUUUCAAUAGAUGACACCGCUAACUGGAUGUGGGAUAAUGUGAUGAAGCCAGUUUACCAAGCAGGGUUGGAAAAGGGAAUGGAGCACGCAGCGGCCGCGGCAGCCGACCGAGUGGUGGGCACGGCCAACGGGAAACACAAACAAUUGUGAUGUCACGUGGCGCGCGCACCACCACGUCUCUCUGUGUGCCCCACAGUGUAUCUACGUCACGACGCCGAGUGCGGACGGUGUCUGACUGAGUGCCAGUGUUCUCUAAGUGUUCAGUGCUUUGGUAGACAACAUCUCCGGACCACUCCAGCCAAAUUUAAAAGUGACUCUGAAUGUACUGUUAAACAAUUAGUUCGAAAAUUUCAGGGAAUGUAUAUUUGUAGUAUAAAAUACUCAAGAAAUAUAGUAAUAAUUGAAUCAUCAUCCAAUCAGAGACUUAAUUUUAUUCAAAAAAUUAUUGCAUUUAAAAAAUUUACAUUUGCAUGCUUAUACAGAAGACUAAAAGAAACUUUUGUCUGUCAAAUUGAUUAUUUAGUUAGAGAAGUACACGUUUUUGUAAGAUUAAAUAUCAAAAUCAUGUAAAGUUAUAGUUAUAUGUUUUGUACAACUAAUUAGUGCAAAUAUUAACAUCUUAUUGCUCAAUUCUAUUUAAUAUAUUGCAAUAAUAUUUUAUAUUAUGGUAUCAGUUUUUAGUUAUGUUGGCGUUAUAAACCAUGGCUCUUUUUAUGAAUGUCAAAAUUUUAUAAAUAAGCGUUAUAGACACUGACCUGUAUAAAUACCACUGGACAGGCUGCCAUAUGUUUGACAGCAAUUUUUUUGUGCCGAUUUGAAGCGCCACUCGCGAGCGCCCACAGAACUAAUUUUGACGUAUAAUACAAAUGGCUGUGAAAGAACUUACAAUACUCUAUAGAAUUUUUGCAUUUUGAAUUAAUUUCGUUCGUUUUCCGUGCUAAUAAACUUCAAGGAUCAACAUAAUCAGGUACACAUUUUUUUGUAAAUAGUUUCCCAGCAUCUAUCGGUGUUCGCUGAGGGUGUCAUCACUAGUUUUAGUUCCGCAGACUCUCGCUACAUGGCCAACAGCGGCAAAAUGUCGAAUAUCAAACAGGCACAAAAACACUUUCACAGCCGCCAGUCCAGUGGUAUAUAGUAGAGGUCAGUGAUUAUAGAUGUCACAUUAUGUGUGAAGUCACAAAUGAAACAGGUUGUGAUAUAACACAAUAUUACCUAUAAUGUAACAAUAACAACAUAUUAUUUUCCAGUUAAAAUAGUUUAGUAUAAAAUUGCUUGUAAUUGUUUCAAUAUUCUUUGAUGCCUAAAUUCAGCUAGUAAUUGUUAAUAAUAUUUUAAAGUAUUAUGUGAGGACCUGUGAGAAAUGAAUAUACCUUUUGAUGCCAAUGCAACUUCAAUUUUAGCCAUUGAUAUCGAUAAAAUUAUGAACACUUUAGUGCUAUACAAUGCGGAUUUUAUAGUUCUUUUGUUAAUGUCCCUUCUGUAACAGUUUUAUACAGAAAGGAAAUGUUAUUUUCAAAAUUUGAAUGUGUUGCCAGUAAAUAUUGUUUAUUAUUAUUGUAUAUUAUAAAGUAUUUGAUGGAGAAUUCUCCUUAUCAAAAAAAUAGUUUGUGGCUUGUGUGUUUUUAUCUCCCAUAUUAACACAAUGGAGAUAAAAAUAUAAGGUCGAGAGAUGAUAUUGUAAUGUCGUCAUUUUAAAUAAUCACAGCAAUUGGUGGUGACAAUGAUUAUAAAGUUUUUAAAACUUCAGAUUAUAAAACUAAAUUCAUCUUUAAAACUUUAUCAUAACCAUAAGUCACAAACUAUUUAAGUAAGUAUGUAAUUAAAAGAAAAAAAAAUCGUCAGUAUCAUGUAAUUAUUUAGAUAUUCAAGGACGAAUUUGGUGUUGUUAAUGGUAUAGGAUGAAUGGUGGCGGAAUAUUUUCUUAGGGGUGUUGUACAGAGAAUAGACAAAUUUAAUGUAGUACAUAUUUAAGUUUAGUUUCUUUAAUCAAUCUAAUUUAAACAAAUUGUUAUUUUUUAAAGUGAAAACCCACACUUGUGGGAUUAAUUACACAAAUUAAAUUUGAAAACUUGUUCCGUGCGGGCGCUCCUUCCACUAAAGCAACAGUUCAAGCUACAUAUUGUUGAUAAAUCUUGUAUGUCUUGUUCAACUCUCAGGUUGUGGCUUCAUCUACAGGAUCUACUUUACAGUUGAUAAUCUGCUCAACCCCAAUAUUUGCAUAUUAGGAAAUUGACUUAAGAUGUCGCUCUUACAAAUCUUGAUGGUUUGAGUCCCACAUAGUUCUUAAAUUUUUAUUUAAUAAUUUAAUUAAUUUGUGCAAUCUAAUUUGUUGAAUUGUUAGAUUCAAUGGUUCACUCGAUAGUUUCAGUUAUUUGCAACCAAUUUCUUGUCAAUUUUAUUGGCAAGGUUUUGACAUAUAGUGUUCUGGAAAAUAUUUUCUGGAGUCACCUCCUCACCCAGAAUAGAAUGGGGCUUAUUAUAGUCUGAAUUACAAUCUAAAUUAAGGGUAGGAUAGACACAUCUACAGCUAAAAUAAUCACUAUAUUAUGCUUCCUACAGAUAAUUAUUAUUACGUUGAGCACUAGCAAAGUGACAAACUGAACCAUAAAUGCACAAUCUUCUGUUUUUAUUCAAUUAUGCCUUUAUUUACAAUCUUUCAAUUUUAUUAUGUAUAAGAUUUAUGUGGCAUUGCUUUAUUGUCUUGCUGUCUUCAUUUUGACAGAAAACAGAAGAGUUUACUUACUGUAAAUUGUUACGAAACCAAACUAACCACCAUUAGGCAGAACAUCAAAGAAAAUGAAUCAGUUAAAAGUUACAAUUAUUAUCUUUUUGAUCUUAAGUUACUUUUUAAUAUUAUGCCUUGUCUAUAUGGGAAGUAAUUAGGGUAUCGCAUGGUAUGAACACCUUAAGUUUAUUAUACACAGAUAAUGAAAAUGAUUAUCAGGGUCAAAGAUGAUGUAAAUACUACGUAAUAAGAGGCGGGAGACUACCUAAGUAAAAAUUGAAGUUUAGUUUAGUAUGAAACAUGCAGUGAUUUGACAUAAGUUUUGAAAUAGUAGUAAUUACAGUAUGGCGAUUGACGACGAAGUAUGAUCCGGCUAAGUUUGAAAGCGAACAGGGAAGCUUUCUAUGGGCCCUUAAAACGUCGAGAUCUGAUGAAAAGUCGAUGUUCCAAAAACGGUGUAAAGCCAAUAACUUCUCUUUUUAUAAUAUAGUCUGUGCACUGGACAUUGCAGUAAGGCAGCAAGAAAGUAAUGGUAUAUGUUGCAACUUAAACAGCUCAAAUAUUUUUAUUCACAAUAAAAUUUUAAAAUCACUUUUUGAACUUCCUAUCUUACUGUUAUAGUUUUAAUAAUUUUUGUUCAGUUUAUUAACAUGGAGGUAGCCUUUGUUUUUUUGCCAUAAUAUUAACCUUCUCACUUUAGGGGGAAUUAAGGCACUAUUUUGGUUUUCGUUUCAUUAGUUAAUGAUUAGUAUUUGUAGAUAGCAUACUAAGUACUGUUUUUAUCUGUGAAAGAUUAUUAUAGAGCCUUUAGUGUAGGGCUGGAUAUGUGAGAUAAAAUCUCAUUUUAAUAAUUAUUUUAAUUGAGUAUUUGUUGGAUUAAGUGCAAUUUUCAACAAUUGUGUAGUAUCUAUCAAAUAUGUAAGGGCCGUAGCACACGGGACUGUUCAUCUAAAGAACACUACAAUUUGUAUAAUUGUUUUCGCAUGAACCCGAUCUAAAGUAUUUAUCACAAUUUUAGAUGUUUAUUUAAAAAAAAAAAAUCGAGCAAUAACUAUUAUUUUUAGCAGAUUGUACAUAUGCAGUCAGUUUCAAGAUAUAUAUAUUUUUUAUUUGGGUUAUGUGAAAAUAGAAGUGAUAAGUUGUCGUUUGUAAUAAUUAUUCUCGACCAUUUAAUUGUCAAAUAUCUCCUUUUAAGUCUCAAGAUCAUAUUGAACCUGGGGAAUUGAUCCUCAGCCAUAAAGUCAUGACAUCAACUAAUUCCCCAAAAAAAUAUAUACUUAAAGGUGAAUUGUAUUGUCAGUUGAAUGAAUCUGGUAACUGUGUGCUACAAUCCGACACACAUGAAUGUUUCCCAAAAUGUGCCAAUUUUGUUUUAUAAAGUUUUAGGAAUGUUUUAAAUGUAAUUCGGGAGCAAUGUUUAGCACUAGCUUAGCUAGCCAAUCUGUUUGCAAUGCUUGUAGUUGUGACUGUCUGUGCCUAAUGUACAUUUUAUUAAUAGAGUCGACAAUUCAGUGACUCAAUUGUGCAUGUUUUCUCUAUGUUUGAGACAACUCGGGACUCGGCUGUGCCUAUGGUACCUAUGCUACUCAUGCGUAAGAAGGACAUGUAGAUACAAUAUUAUGUACAACUGGCCAUAUCUAGAUGUAAUCCUGAACACCGUGUUCUGAGAUUUUGAUUGGUCCCCGUUAUUUAGUUCUUGUUGUUCAUUAGAGAGUUUAUUUUGUUGUUUUAAAUAUAUAAAACUUAAAUAUAUUAUUUAGAUUCCAAAAACUAGAGUCUUGUUACAAAAUUAAUUCACAACUUUGUUUAUAAAGGAUUGGGUAGUUCAUCAUUGCAAAUGUAUUGAUGAUUGCAAUGAUUGACAUAAUAUUUUAAUUACCGUUGUAUUUGUGUGAGAUUUUGGGACAGUAAUGAAAAAUAAAUGAAAACGUUUUUUUAUCAGUGUUAAGAUUUGAAAUAGAAUCACUUAUAGCAAAUAAAAGCUUUUAAGACAUGAUGACCUAGCAUUAAAUUUCUAAAACAUCAUUUAUAACCAUUAAGGGUUUACUUUAAUAAAUAUUUUUCUAUUUCUUCCAGUUUAAUUGUAGAAACGACAAGGAACUUAUCAAUUAUAAAUGUUUAGCUUGACUUUUUUAAUUUUCUAACUUGUAAAUAGGUCCAUGUAUUGAAUGUUUGGGUUAUCACCAAAGACUUCUAUGUAUACUACUAGACAAAAAGUUUGGAAUAACAAUUUUGUCGCAAUUUAGGAUCGCGCCGGCUGCCAGAGAGGGUGUAGGCAUGAUUAAUAUGCCUUGCAAACGCAGAUGUUAUAAUAAUGACAAUGUUUUUUUGUUCACUAUAAAUUAAAAUUGGUGUCAGUUUGUUGAAAACAAUGUUCAUGGCUUACAAAAAAUGUACUGGUCUUCUCGCUUGCUCACAGUGGACUAAACGAGUUGCCGGGUCGGAACCAAAACUCAGUGAGCAAUUAUUGAAGGCCACGGAGCUUGUCUAGUAGUACACAUAGAAUUUGUUUAUCACCAAAUAGAAUGGGUUGGUUUAGUUUCAUUUAUUAUUCUUUUACUGUGACGUUUAAUAUGGUGGUUCAUAACUCCCAAAUAGGCAACAAAUAUAAAGAAUUAUCACUUUUUUACAGUGGAAUAGUACAUCUAUGUAGAAAUUUUCUUAAGUAAUAGACAUACCUACAGGACCAGGUGGCAGCUCUGAUGACAAAUUGUGAGAUUCACAUUAAGUUUUUAUAUUUAAAACUUAUGACCGUAACACCAUAUGUCAUGCUACAGAUAUUUACUAUAAUAUAUAUUUUUAUGAACUUAUCUUCUGGAGGAUCUAUUCAGAAAUACUUAUAUAUAAAGGAAAAACCUAUUGUAAAGUUAUUUCUUAUUUAAUUUAUAUUAUUAUAAAUAAACCGUCCAUGAUGCGUUCAAAAACCGCAAUUUAUGACCACUAUAAAAAUAGACUGUUUUAUUUGAACAAAUGUUAAUCAGUAAAAUAUUAUUAUUACUAAAUAAUAAGAUCCAUUUCGGUAUUAUUAUUUCAUUCAAAGGUCAUUGAAAACAUGUUGAUGUUUAUUGACCGACCUGAUAAUGAUGACAAAUUGAGCAAAACUGAUGACAAUAUAAAAUAACUAUAUUCUUAGAGUACACAUUUAAAUAAUUCAUCUUUACAUCAUGGGUUAGAUAUCGCCCAUUUUCAAACAUCUCUAAAAAACAAAUAAAUUUGAUUUGACCUUUAUUCUAAUAUCAGUUGAGAUGACGUUGUCAAUUUGCUAGCAUAUAUUUUGAAAAAUUAUUCAUGUAAGUAAGAUAUCGAAUGAUAUAAUAGAUAUGGGCUGACUGUAGUGUGUCUCUGAAUUAAAAAAAAACUAUGACAUAAGCCAGAAUACUUUUCAUUACCAGUUUAGAUUUAUAGUGGUUACCAUAUGUGGCUUCUGAAUGCAUCAUGGAGGCUUGUGAUAUGUUGGUAGAUACAGUAGUGUAUGAAAUUGUACAUAAUUAGGCAUUAAAACACUGUUGUGAUGUUAUUAUAAACUCCCACCUGUGUUAAAUGCCCUUCUUUAUGUAUAGUCACAUAAACUACUAUUCAACAAUAUAAUAACACAAAAAUAUUAUUUGUGUUGAUGUUAAUACUACGUAAGUAAUAAGAGGCGGGACUGCCUAAGUAAAAAUUGAAAUUUAGUUUAGUAUGAAACAUACAGUGAGAUUUGACAUGUUUGAAAUACAUAUGGCGCCAAAGUAUAAUCCGGCUAAGUUUGAAAGAGAACAGUUGCUUAAAACGUACUGGAUUUCGGCUCUCUUCGUUUUUUUACAAUCUAUCAUUGACUGCAUGUUUCAUACAAUCGAGUGAAUUGCUUUUUUCUUAGAGAAUUUCGCUAGGCUGGCCUGCUUAAAGAGUAUGCUGGUAUAUCACAAAUGUAUUAACUCCAAUGAAAUAAUGUACAGAAAUCUAUCUAGAGAUGAUUUUAUGAAAGUACCUAACUUAUGAAAAUAUAUAUUAUAUGAUUUAUUGAGCAUUGCCUCUGGUUUGUAUUAUGGGUAUGUUCUGAUAUGCACUGCGACCACUGUACAGUGUGACAUCAAUUUAGUAUACUGUGAAGCCGUUCCUAUAUAGCCAGUUAUAUUGGUUACUAUUUAAAACGGAACGUAAUCCCGUAUACUGUCAGCCGCAUCUUUUGACGCAGCAUUCAAAUGAGUGUAUUAAAGUUUUCUAGUUCGUUAAAAAAAACUGUUGUUGGAUUACUGUCAAAUUAAAAAUAUUUGGGAUUAAACUGUAGGUAUUGUUUAUAAAACGUUAGGCACUCGACUGGUUUUGACUGAUCACGCGAUCAAAGUACUGCGAGUACCUUACCUCGAAAACGCCAGUGCUCACAGUAGAAUAUGGCGGCGAUUUAUGACAUCAUAUAUUUCCCUAGGGUACUGCGGCAGUAUACUGGCAGUCCAUAACGGAACUAAUUUUUCUACAGUGAUAGCACUGUGCAGUGCUCGCAGUGCAUAUCGGAACAUACCCUAUGUUUAAACCACAUGGUAAUGGGCUUUCUUAAUGACAAUGUCAACCGAAUGUGAGGUUUACAUAUUUUACUUAUAACGAUGUUUUUUAUUUGUCAUCAAAUAGGAAUUUGACUGUUUGGCUUGGCUGAAUGCCAUUUUGAGCUCACUUGAUCAUUUUAUGUCCCUUCACAGAACUUGCACUGAAAGUAAUCCUUUGGAACAAUUACAUGCCAACUUGUGGGUUUGACUCUAAAUUUGUACCAUCACUUUAAAUAUAAAACAUGCUGUUGAUGUGUCGGUUUGUCACUGAAGAUUUGGCGAAUAUUUUCAUGUCUUGUGUAGUGAUAAAUUUUUGUUAACAAUAAUAUUAUUGUGAUUUACAUGUAAAUAUUAGGUCGAUAAUAUACUCUACUUAUGUUGAAA